UUGCACACAUUCGCUUGAUGAUUGCAAUCGCCACAGAGCUGAACGAAUCUCUUUUCGCAUGUCCACUUGCCAGUCCAGCAAACAGUCAAGAAAUGGAGCAACGUCGACAGAGCUGCAAUAAAAACACUCUCCAGCACGCCAUUGGGCCCUUUCUGGUUCUGUCGCAGUUUCUUGGCGUGUUUCCCGUAUCCGGUGUCUGGCCCAGCUCGCCCGCUGAGAAUGUACGCUUUCGCUGGUUUUCGGCGUCUCUGGUGCUCAGUGUCGUCAUAUUGGCCUUUGCCAUCAUGGAUCUCGGACUCUCCUCUAAAGUGGUGAUUGAUCAGGGGCUGAAGAUCUACACUAUAGGUUCUCUAAGCUUUAGCGUGAUUUGCAUUGCCUGUUUGUCCAUUUUCCUGUCUCUGUCGCAUCGAUGGCCGUACCUCAUCCGGCGGACUGCGCAGUGCGAGUUGGUCUUCUUGCAGCCCGACUACGAUUGCCAUUUGGGUCGGCAAUUCGGACGCCGCUUGCGCCUUUGGGGCGUGGGCAUGCUGCUGGCCGCCCUCUGCGAGCACUUCACGUACGUGGGCAGCGCCCUGUAUGGCAACUAUCAGCAGAUACACGAGUGCAAGCUGGACGUGGACUUCUGGCUGAACUACUUUCAGCGGGAGCGACAGGAGCUCUUCUCGGUAUUUCACUUCAAUGUGCCGCAGGCGCUCUUCAUUGAGUGGACCACUCUGGCCAUGACCUUCGUGUGGAACUUCGUGGACAUAUUCCUGACCCUGAUCUCUCGCGGCCUGCAGUUCCGCUUCCAGCAGAUGCACUGGCGCAUACGGCGCCACUCCACCCAGCCGAUGCCCAGCGAGUUCUGGGAGCAGCUGCGCUACGAUCUGCUGGAACUUUGCGAUUUGCUGAGGCUGUACGACAAGGAACUCUCUGGCAUGGUGGUUCUCGCCUGUUCCCACAACAUGUACUUCGUCUUCAAAUAUUUCAUAAGCCAUUUUGUGACCUUGUGCAGGGCGAGGGGCAGCUUCAUGGAUGAGCUGUACUUCUGGUUCUGCCUAAUUUACGUGAUAGCUCGCGUGUCCAACAUGAUGUUUGCUGCCUCUUCGAUUCCCCAAGAGGCUCGGCAGAUAUCGUACACCCUUUUUGAAAUACCAACGGAGUACUGGUGCCUGGAGCUGUGGCGGAUACAGGAGAUCAUAUUGACAAACCGAUUUGCCCUAAGUGGAAAAGGGUAUUUCUUUUUAACCAGACGCCUCAUUUUCUCGAUGGCCGCCACGCUGAUGGUCUACGAGCUGGUGCUAAUCAAUCAAAUGAAUGGCUCCGAGGUGCAGACGAGCAUUUGCAGCCGAGGCGCUGGCGGCUCCAAGAGCAUAUUCUAUUCAUAGUCGUGCACCAAAUCG